AUGGGCCUUUUUGUAGGAGGCCUGGGAAACAUCCUAGCUCUCUCACUGUUUGCACGAGAUCGCCAACCCAAAUCACCAUCUGACAUCUUUCUCCUUCAUCUUGCACUUUCAGACCUCUUCCUACUUCUCAGCCUACCCAACAGACUCUUCUAUCAUCUCUCUGGAAAUAAUUGGCCUUUUGGCUCACUGGCUUGUAGACUGUCUGGCUUUGUUUUCUACUUAAACAUGUAUGCCAGUCUUUAUUUUCUAGCUGGGAUAAGUAUUGAUAGGUACUUGGCCAUUGUGCACCCUCUCAGCUCUGUCAAGAUUCGAAAGCCCUUACAUGCUCAUAUUGCAUGUGGCUUUUUAUGGGCUGUUGUUGCAUUUGCUACAGCCCCAUUACUGUUAGGACGGGGAGCAUCAAUGGAGGAAAAUGUUUGCCGCUUGUUGUACCGAGAAACACCAUCUUUGAGGGCAUUAUCCUCUCUCAGUGCAGCUUUUGCCAUCCCCUUCUUGGCCACAGUCAUUUGCUAUGGACUUAUUUUAAGGCGUCUUAGAAAAGGAGGUGACAGGAAACCAAAGGAGCGUGCAGUGAAGAUGGUUCUGCUGGUCUUAACAAUAUUCCUGAUCUGCUUUGUUCCUUACCAUCUCAGUCGUACCUUAUACCACGUUUUGAUGCCUGGAGGUGAAAGCUCAGAAGUGUCAUCUUCUUGUGAUUUAAGGCAAGGUUUGGCAUUGGCUAACAGAUUUACCUCCUGCCUAAGCACCCUUAAUGCUGCCCUGGAUCCUCUAGUCUAUUUCUUUGCUGUCAAGAAAUUCCGUCAGAGUCUGGUUUGGUUUCCAUGUAGACGGGAUAGGAGAGACAAUGUAAAAAAUCAUGAGGAAGGCCGAACAGAGGACAGCUCACUCAGUGCCAAGACAGAAGUAUAA